CAAACUUAUCGAGUCCUAAUUGGUCUCGUGCUGUGACGUCCGCCCUUUAAAACCCACGCGUGUUCAGCGCGUGCUUGACUGCUCGUUGUUUUGGUCUCGCUCGGUGGUCUGGUGGUGAGUGUGACAUGGCUUUUUCUCUCCUCCGUUACAUCCUGUCAGCUCAUGGAUCUAUGGAGUCUAACAAUGAGGACUUUCAGCCUUGGAAGGACUACAUGGGUUUGUCCGACAUGAUCAAAGGAAUGCAGCGGGCGGGAGAGCAAUCAAGCGCGGGAGAUGACAAGAGGGAACCAACCGCCGCGCUCAUGGAGUCUCCAAGCGGCCCGACGCGUGCGCGCACGCCUGAGACCAGGCAGAAAAGGAGCCUGCAACACUGCAAGAGCGCCAGCAUCCCGCCCGAGAGGAAAUUUUGCAGUUUCUGCAAACAUAAUGGUGAGGCUGAGGCCGUAUUCACCUCACACUACCUCAAAGACCGCAAUGGGAAUGUGACGUGCCCGUACUUGAGCCAGUAUGUGUGUCCCCUGUGCGGAGCCACCGGCGCCAGCGCGCACACGAAGAGGUUCUGCCCGCUGGUGGAUAAAACCUACAGCUCCGUGUACGCCAAAUCGACAUGGUGAACGGGACACUGCUGACCUGCAGAAGAUCUGGACAUGGGAAACUAUUUAAAAAGACAGUUUUUACAGAAAAUUUUAAUAUUCAAGUUUUAAUUUAUCAUUGUUUGUUUUAUCCAUAAUGGCUUGUGUGUGAGUUUGUAUGCAUGUGCUUUCACGGUUUGAUUUUGCACUUUUUAUUUUUUUAUUUUUUUUGCGGUCUUUUUCUUUGUAUUUCAGUUGUGUGCACUAUGGUCUUGUGUGUUUCACUUUUUCUCUUUUAACAAACUUGUACACCAGCCAUUAGGCUUGCUACAGGUGCAACCGUUUGAGCGCUUUUUCUACAAUCUGUUUUUGACAAAUUUGUAUUUGAUAUAACCCCUUUUUUUUGUAUCAAUGUUUAAAAAAGAAAUAUUUUACUGUUAAUAUUAGGUGUUUUACUCUUUAGAGCUGCAUGUGUCUUGCAUCAAUAACAAAAUAUCAAAAUCUUGUUUUC